GCUCUGGGCGGGUCUCCGGCUCAUGGCGUCCUGGGUGCCUGAGCUUCCUGCUGCGGUUCCCCGAGUUCUCGCCUUUGAAGGAUGCAGUGGCUCUGUCCUGUCCGGGGCCCCAUCCGGCUGCAGGGGUCCUGGCGGGCACUCAGGCCUGGGCGAAACCCGCCUGGCGGCCGAGGGCCAGGGCUCCAACCUCCCGCGGAGCGUGCUCAGCGAGCGGGAGCGCAGGAAGCGGAUCGCUGUGAGCUGUGAGCACCUGCGGGCCCUGCUGCCCCAGUUCGAUGGCCGUCGGGAGGACAUGGCCUCCGUCCUGGAGAUGGCGGUGCAGUUCCUCCGGCUCGCCCACGCCCUGGGACCCCGGGAGCACCAGGUUGUUCUCGUCCCCUCGCGAGGUGUACGGCAGCCUUGGCAGCAGGACGUCUUGCGGUUGGACCUCUUGGGUCAGGUUCCGGACUCCGAGACAGGAGCGCCCAGCACGGCUCCGCACCAGGGCCCCCCGAGCUGCGCUGCACUGGGUGUGGACGAGAACAAGGGCCCACCAGGGACGUCCGGAACGCUGGGCAGGCUGCCCGCCCUCUCUGAGCCCCGGACUCCGGACCCGAGCGUCUCCAGGGCCCCGAGGACAUCCCUACUCUGGUCUCCCGACGUGAAGCAGCCACCCUCCCCCGUGAUGAGCGGCGAGGCUCCCAGCUGGCUGGGCCCAGCCGGACCCCCGGCUUCUCCAGGAGGGGAGGCCGAGGAGGCAGAGCCUGCACCGUGGGCCAGGUCCAGGCUGGGGUCUGACGAGGAGAAGGGGACGUCGUUCCUUCUGACCUCGAGCCCUGACUGGUGGCUGGGGUCACUGGACGGCAGAGGAGGUACCCCUGGCUGGGCUGCGGCCAGGAGCAGCCUGCUGUGCAGUACGGAGCCUGCCUUCCUAGGGGACCCUGAGCCCAGCCCCCAGGAGUUCCAGGACAGCUCGCUGGAGCCCUGGGACUCAGCCCUGGGCUGCCCAGGCCCGGCCCCCCGCGACGAGGCGGAGAGCAUCUUCCCGGACUUUCUGGCCUGCUAGCCGCCGCCGCCUGCAGCCUGGUGUGCACCUGCAUGUCGGAUUUCGGGCUGGAGUCUCAGCGGGGCUCUCAUUUGAGCGAGGCUGCAUAUUAAAAAGGGAACGUUUUCUCG